AUGGCUCCUGCACAGCAAGUGUAUAUUGCCGUGAUUGGCGCUGGAGGGGUAGGAAAGUGCUUCCUCUCCCAGCUCGAGUGGCUCGCCGCACGACGACCCUCGCCCCGUCUGACGCUCUGCUACAUCUCCACGUCGUCCAAGUCGCUCUACAACGACGACUACUCCCCGAUUGACAUCUCUGCCGCGGUCUCGCAGCUCCAGAGCAGCAGCAGGGGCGCCCCGCCUCCGUUCUCUAAGAUCGCCGACUACCUCGCCGCCGCUCCCUCGAAGGUCGUGCUGGUCGACAACACAAGCUCGCAGGACAUUGCCGAAGCCUACCCUCUGUUCCUCAGCCGCGGCAUCAACAUCGUCACCCCGAACAAGAAGGCGUUCUCUGGCUCCUACAAGCUAUGGAAAGAGAUCUUCGGCGCGGCUGCCGCCUCGGGGGCCAACAUCUUCCACGAGGCCUCAUGCGGCGCUGGCCUACCAGUCCUGUCCACGCUGAAGGACCUGGUCGACACUGGCGAUGAGGUUACUAAGAUCGAGGGUGUGUUCAGCGGGACCAUGUCCUUCCUGUUCAACUCGUUCGCGCCGACAGAGGGGUCUGGCGGCAAGUGGUCCGACGAGGUCAAGAAGGCAAAGCAGCUGGGCUACACCGAGCCCGACCCGCGGGACGACCUAAACGGUCUGGACGUCGCCCGCAAGCUGACCAUCCUGGCAAGAAUGUCCGGACUGGAAGUGGAGUCUCCCACCUCUUUCCCGGUCCAGAGCCUGAUCCCCAACGAGCUCGAGUCCGUUUCAAGCGGCGACGAGUUCCUCGAGAAGCUGCCCGGUUUCGACGCGGAGAUGGAGGAGGUCAAGGCAUCGGCCGAGAAGGAGGGCAAGGUGGUGCGUUUCGUCGGCAGCAUCGACGUGGCGAGCAAGGCAGUCAAGGUCGGGCUGGAGAAGUUUGACCGGUCGCACCCGAUCGCGGCGCUCAAGGGCAGUGAUAACAUUAUCAGCUUCUACACUAAGCGGUAUGGAAGCAACCCCCUGAUCGUACAAGGCGCUGGCGCCGGCGGCGACGUGACGGCGAUGGGCGUCACGAGCGAUCUCCUCAAGGUUCUGUCCCGGAUCGCGUAG